UUAAGAACUAAGCACAUGCGUUGUUGUGCCGCAAGCCAUGAAAUUUCUCAAGAUUAUCUUGGUCGUUUUAAUUGAAUUUUUCAUUACUUUAUGUUGUCAAGAUUAUAAGGAAUUUAACUCUACAUUUUCGGAUUUAAAGGUCUACAACGAUUCCGACGUUUAUGAUAACAAAUACUUCAAUGGUACACAUUGGAUAACCGAGAAGAAUAUAACCCAUAAAAUACGAUGGAAUUACUUUUACAAUUGGACAUCAAACUGGACGAAAACAUUUACCAUUCCUCCAUCAACUGGAUGAGAUGACAGAUAAUCGUUUACAUACAUUCGAACCUUCAUUUGUGCUGUCUAAGCAACAUCCAUGAUUUUGCAAUAAAAAUAAAUGAAAUAAUUUUGGGUAUCAUAGGGAAAUUAAUGACUUCAUCUAUAUUUUUUCGAUAAAGAAAAUUAUUUUUGUCAAGUCAUAAUGAUCCUGCAAUAUAAUGAAACAUUAGCAUCCAUUAAAAUCCAAAAUACACAUUAUCAUAUAG